UGGAUACAAAUCUGCAAUAAUGCUCAAGUUUUCAAAGGCUCAAUAUGUUGAUACUGUCCUGUAGUAGUGCAGUUUUGGGAUAUUAAGUACAUUUGCUCAAGUAGUGAGAUUUUAGGUACUUUUAAUACACCUUAAUAUAUUGAUUGAAUGCUACGUUAUACCUCUACUUCACUACAUUCAUUGACGUACUUAGUUACUUUGUAAAUGUCAUUUAAACACACAAUGUUCCAUACUGCGUUUAGCAACUUUACUGUUAGUAGGCCUAUAUCUUUAUACUUCUACACUGUGGCAAAACAAAUUUGACUUUAGGACAUAUCUGAAACUCCUACCACAACUGCAUCAUUUCAAUGCAUUUAACUCUUACUUGUAAUGGAGUAUUAUUAAACCACAACAAAAAAAAUCCCAGUUUGGGAUAAAUAAAGUACUUCAGAUUCUUAUUCCGAUUCUGAUAUCUCUAUUACGAAACCAUACUUCUGCAUGAAUGCAAACAUGGCAACCACACCAGCAACAGCACCAUGGCACACAACUGCUACACAACUAGCCGUGGCGGACAUAACACUUCAUGUAAGUCAGAUAUUCCUCCUGGUAGCACUUAAAGAUUGUAUAUUUAACAAAUAGGUAUCAUUUACUGUACAAACCUUGGGAGUUUUGUCCUGUUUGGUUGCCAGGUCGGAGCUGUAGUGCCGUAUAUUCAGUGCUGAUAUACUGCAUGGAGAGUGGAGGGUAAAAGGACUGAAAAUCCUCCAUGCUGCUGCUGCUGUUGUUUUGGACGCCAUUUUUAACUAACAGACCUAAUCAGCUGUUUCAAGAAGGAUUUUCCCCCCUUACAUUGCAGAGAGCCCGGAUAUUUAUAUAAACCUAGAGUGUUUUGUUAGGGGAGUUCAUGUCGAUGUCCUUCUGUGAGAACAACCCUCCGUUCGGUCACAUGACUUGCACAUUAAAGAAAGAGGGGCUUCAAACUUUCACCGGCGCAGCUACGGGCGGGGUUUCUGCAGGGCUGUUCUGAUCAAUAGUGGUUGAAGUACUUUUCAAAUAUGCAAAAAAUGAAGACCUGUGUUUAAAGUUUAAAGAUAAAGUAAUCACUAUUCAGGCAAAUUGCUCUUUAGUCAUCGCAUUAUUACAUAUUAUAAUAUACGAUUAUUAUUAUUGAUGCGGUAUCUUAACAUGUAUUAUAAUGAGUGUACUGUUAGGAUAUAUUUACUUGUUGUUCUUUAUAAUAACCUAAAUAAGGAUUUCAUUAUACUUCAGUGGAAUCCCAGAAUUCAGAUGGAGGGCUGGAAAUAGAGUAAAAUAGGCUACUAGGUUUAAUGGCUCUUAAGAAAAAAACAUUACCCUAAAUAAAUUGCAUUUGUGUGAACUGAUCAUAAUGUGUGUCUGUAAAUAUGUGAUUUUAGGAGUCAUAUCAAGGUUCAAGGCUCAGCUUAAUUGUAAAUUUACAACACAGGAUUGAACAAUGAAAUGCAGUCCCCCUCCGUGUUUAACACAUUCAAAUGUCUAAAAAUAUAUAUUGAUAUUACAGUAAAAUAAAAACCAAAUACAUGUAUAAAAGUAGCACUAACGGAGGGAAAGCAUAUGCAUCUAACUAUACAUGUAAUAGAUUUUAAAAAAGGACAGUAUAUCACAUGGAAGUCUAGUGGAGUUAAACAACAAAACAUAUUUUUAAAAAAGGCACUUCAUUUAGUUUCCCCGCCCUUGCUGCUGCGUGUCAAACGGCACGACCAUUCAUUCAAAAUGGAGCGAACCCAAUGUUGGACAACUAAAACUUACACUACGUUAAAAAAACGUUUAAUAUAAUAUCGGCAAAGUAAGACUUAAGUGUAAUUUAUUCCAUGUCAUUGUAAAUGUAUUACCCUUAACCUACAGACUGAUUUCAAUUUUUGAUUUGACAAGUGAAUUAAACGCCUGUUAAACUGUUGUAUUUCCCCCUAUAUGAACCAUAGAGAAACGCCGCGAUAGUUGGUGAGCCGGAAAGUAACUACUAGAAGGUAGCUAGGUAGGCUAAUGUUUAGCUUUUAUUCCGGGGAGGUGCGCACUUUCCUAUAACGUUUCAGAUGGCUGUACGCUGGCUAUGCAGCCUGUUUGGGAAGCCCUUUGAUGGGGGAAAGAGGAUGGACCAUGGCGGCCAGCAGCAUCAGCAGCAGCACCCCAUGGAGCAGCAGCAUCAGUCCUACCACCAGCAGCACCCGGCCAUGAUGCGGCUGUACGAGGUCCAGAAGGAGGUGCAAUCCCUGGGGCCGCAGGUCUGCACCUUCAGCGGCCUGCAGCACGACCGCGACUACAAGCGUGUGGAGCGCGAGCUGACGCGCCUGCUGCUGGAGGUGGACAAGGUCGACACGGAGGGCAAACCGGAGCUGCAGGGGGCUCGGAAAAGAGCCGCCCAGGAAGUGGAAGGCCUCCUGCGAUACCUGGAGGAGAACGCCACGCAUCCGUCCCGCAUCGCCAUAGAAGACCUGAGCAACGAGGCGCGGCAGCUGGUGGACGACCGCGUGGUGGCACCUCAGCGGUCGGGAGGCGUGGCUGAAAUAAACGACGAGCUGGUGGACGCCCUGCAGGAGAUAAUCCUGAGGCUCACCCAGGUGAAGACGGAGGGGAGGGUGCCGCUCCGAAAGGCGCGGUACCGGGCACUGACACGCCUGUGCGCGGUGCAGGACGUGGUGGAGGGCCGUACCCAGCAGCAGACCCUCUCCCUGCCGCUGUCCGGCGAGACCAACGAGUCCGUGCACCGCAUCAACCAGGUGAUGGUGAAGGUGUGCGUGGCGCGCGGUCAGCUGGUGGCUCUGCUGAUGGGGCUGAGCGGCAGGGACAGCUGUGCCCACCUGUCCCGCAUCCUGACGGAGAUGCAGGUGGAGCUGGAUGCUCUGGAUGUUUCAGGGAACGCGGCGAUCAGAAACUACAGGAAGCAGGUGGUGGAGGAGAUAAACGGGCUGCUGAAACAUCUGGACCUGGAAGGGGAGGGAGAGGACACGCGCAGAUACGACCUGGGGCAGAACAACUCCAUCCGUGAGAUCGAGGCGGUGCGCGCUCACGUCUCCCACCUGCGAGAGGGCGUCCUGCGGCACUGCAUGAUGGGAGAUCUGAGCUUCAGGCCCAAAGCGGAGCUGCAGAGCCUCCUCACUCACCUGGACCAGGUGGACACGGCAAAGAACCCGUGCAUCCGGGAGGCCCGCCGCCGCGCCGUGGUGGAGGUCCAGGCCAUCAUCACCUUCCUGGACCUCCGCGAGGCUCUAGCGCGCCGCCAGCCGGGCCCAGCCGAGCAUCCGUCGCACCGGUCCGUGUGGCUGGUCCUCGGCAGCCUCUCGGACCUCCAGGCCCAGGCGCUGGGCUUCGAUGGCAAGCGGGUCGACAAGAGCUACAUGAUGCUGGAGGAGCUGCUGACCAAACAGCUGCUGGCUCUGGACGCCGUGGACCCGCAGGGCGACGAGACCACCAAGAUGGCGCGAAAGCAGGCGGUGAAGUUCGCCCAAAACAUUCUCAACUACCUGGACAUGAAGACGGACGAGUGGGAGUAUUGAUGAAGGCGGAAACACCGGGUGGGACUUCGCUGCAGGAAGGAAACGAUCUGUGUGUAAAUAAAAAAAGAAAAACGUAUCAUUCCACGGGCUGUAAAUAUGGACUCCAACUCCCAGAAUGCACUGCAGCAGCGCUUUUAUGUCAUCUCUUUGUGGUAGUCGUGGCCGAUCCGAGAAGAACACAUUUUAUGAAACACACACUUCAGUGCUCUCUGGAGAUUUUCUUUUUAAAAACUUCCCGUACGUGUGAGGGUGUGUGUGAGUGAGUGUUACUGUCUGUCGUACUUGGUGAGUGUGUGUGUUAAAGCCUGCUGCCAAAGCUCUUGAAUAAUGCCUGUUCCUGUGCUUGUGUCCUCCAGACUGCACUUGAUAUUGAUAAAGUGUGAUAGAUUGCUUCGCAGUAGCUUCCCUGUCUGGUCCGGUUUUAAUUUAAGUUGCUAAUGGAGCAUGUGUUAAAUACAGUGACCUAAUUGUGGCUCGGUCCAGAGUGAUUCCUGUUGGUUGGACGCCAAUUUUGGGCAUCAAAAGUAUAGAAAAUAGUAACAGUUCAGGAGCAUAUUUAGUUAAUGUUUUGUUUUGAAAUCCAGUUUGGUCUACUUGGCAAAGCAGACGACGAGAGAAAACCUAAAGUGCAAAGAAACUGAGAUUUAUGUGGGGCAUUUUUUAGAAGCAGCAUGAACAAGAGGUGGAGCAGAGAUGUUUCCACACUGUUAUCGAGGCUGGGUAAUCUGUGUUUAAACAGUUGGAAAUCGUUUGCAUUACGGUCACUCCCCACUCCUGUGUGUCCCUGUUUGUUUCCCCUCUCCGUGUUUAUCACCACAGCUGUCGUUGGCAAGCGGUCAAACGACAAGCUGAGAUUCAGAUAAAGUUAGCAGGAAGAAAUCUGUCAUCUUGUGUGUGUGUGUGAGGAUGUUUAAAAAGUACCUUCCCCUCGCUGCUCGUGUCGUCUGUCUCAAAACGUUUGUUGUGACUUUGUGUGCGGCUAUAAAUGGAUCAGGUUUUUUUGAAAUUCAGAGAUAGAAGAGGCACAUUUUUUUUGCUGCUGCUGCUGCUUUUUGUUUCUACCCACCACUCCUUUCUACUGAGUGACUGUGAGACGUCCCCCAGGGAGAGGGAGGGAGGAAGGGUGGGUGAGGCGAUGAUCUCCUCUGGAUUGACACAUCAAGGCUGAAGCUCACGCAGCCAGCAGUCGGGACGAGAGCGUUGAUGGUGAUCGCAGUCGACACAUCCUUCUAGAAACUUCUCGAAGCUGCUGCUCGAGACGGUGGGAGGGGAAGAGAAAGUCCAAAAAUUCUUUGUGCCUUUAUUUUCACCCUUCCCUGUGUACCAGUAGGUUUGUGUAUUAAAAAAGCAGCCUUGAAAUGAAUUUUAAAAAAGCUUCUCAUUUUGAUAUUUAACGCUGAAGCGGCGAAUGUGUUUGUGGCACCUUGGCCGUUAUCGCCACGAGAAAUUUGCACUACUUGUCAGAAAUUGAGGCUCUUCUGAAUCAGUAUUUGUCCCCUGCUGGUAAACGACUAAAAGGUGAAGUCGUUCUGGUCAGUAAUUAUUUUGUAACACAGGAUGACAACGCCUCUUCUGCAGCCGGUGAGUCAUGGCUGGUUCUCACACUGCGAGCAGCCACGGGCAGAUCUGUGGCUCGGAAAGCAAUUUGGCAAAAUGAGUCUGAAUACAAAACGACGAAACUAAAUAAUUAGCCGACAUCAUUUCCUUCCUGCUGACCUCUGGAAAUGUUGUUGUUGUUGUUGUUUUUGAAACAUGCUAUUCUGAAAAGGUCUUUAUAAGAUGAUAUCUUAAAAUAAUGACUAAGUAUCUCCAAAUACUCAAUUAAUAUCUCAGAUUAAUGUCUUCAUAUCUCAAAUGAAGAUGUUAGUAUCCCAAGAUAAGGACAUGGUAUCAAAAUAAUGACUUAAAAUAAAAAAUGAUCACUUAAAUGAUGACUUAGUAUCACAAAACAAGGACAAGGACGCACAAUAAUUAGGUAAUAUCUCAAAAUAAUGACUUAAAAUAAAAAAUUAUCACUAAAAUGAUGACUUUCACAAAACAAGGACAAGGACGCACAAUAAUGAAUGUGUUAUCGGUGAAAAUUAAAUUCAGCAUCAAAGUGAUGAUCACAGUUAUGCGUCAGUAAUUAUAAUCCAUUAAUAUCAUUUAUAUUCAUCUAAAUUGGGCCAUUCUGCAUGAAAUUGUUCUGCCAAUACUUUUGUGCUUGAAUGCAUUUUGAGAGCAGGACUUUCACUUUAAGUAGUCUUCCUACACUAGUUCUCCUUCAGUAAAACGUCUGAAGAAUUAUUAUUAUUGGCUCUAAUCAGGAUUACAAUUUAGUUUCCCAGCUUGUUAAUGAAUUAUGAUACAAAUAUGAACCCCAGUAGAGGAAUGAUUGCUGGCUGCUCGCAGUGUGAAUGUAAAAUAUCCUGGAGUCCCCUGCAAUAACUUCGAAAAUGUGAUUAAUGAAAUCCCAGCUGCCUAGAAACACAAUCUGUGUACCACCGCUUUUUAUAAAGAAACCCCCACUAAAACAUGUCCCAGUGAAGUCCCACAGACCCGUUUUACGUGCAUUAAGCUGCAUUUUAAAGCAUAUUCUGGCACCAAGCCUGCCGCUCGGCCUCCUGGGUAAAGAGUUGACUCAUACUGGAGGAAAUUAAAUUGAACAAAGCUCAUUAAACAUGGUCAGCUGCUGCCACGGCUGCAACAGAUGCUUUCUCAGACCAAACCAACCCGGACACACCUUAAGUUCACAUGCUCUUUUUUGUAUGCAGUAUUAUAAAUAUAAAUAAUGUACAUUUAGUUAUUGCAUUUCUGUAAAUUGCGUCGUUUUCAAGCAUUAAUUUGAAUGAUUUAUCAGAAGUUUUACACUGUAUAAGGAACUAGAGCUUUUGUUUUUGUCUAGUCAUCGUGUCUCGAUGCCUCUUUUUCUUUCUUUUUUUUACUCCGUGUUGGUGAUGAGUGGGCGUUCUGGCAACCAAUUUAUAUUCUGUGGUUGAGAAGUACAAGUGUAAAAAGGAAAAUGAGGUAAAGCACCAUUUUAUAAAGGUUUUGCAAGAGUUUUGUGAGAAAAAGAAGCAAGAAAGCGUCAAAGAAAAUCCCAAAUAUCAAAAAGACUCCGUUUAUUCUAUGCUGCCUAUAAAACUGUAGUUUUACAAAACAAUUUCACUCCUAAAGUAUUAAGAAUUGGAUUUGACAGUAUUAGGAUGUAUUUGUGCAGAAAGGACUAUCAAUUGUGCAGUGUUACUCAUUUUCAUAGGUCAUGUAAACACUUCAGUCUGUUUUAUUCGCCAAAACGGCUCCUUUUGUGAUGGUAAACAAAGUCGUUGAGGUGUUUGUACAAAUCAAAGUCUAUAAGAUAUUUCAGACUAUUAAUAAAACAGAGCCAUUGAUGGUUUUGGGAUUUUCUUGGGAUUGUUUGGCGAUGAAAACGAUGAAAAAUGUAAAAUAUUAGCAGAUUCUCCUUCUUGAAAAAGAUAGUCCUAUAACAACUUAUAUUAAAUACACAGUGUUUCACUACCGUUUGUUUUUAAAGAAAAAUGAAAGGAAGAAAUACGUUAAUUAUUACUCAAAGAGGUCAAUACAACUCUGGGGAUUAUUGUUACAUAUAGAAACAUCCUACAAAUGAAGUUACAGGGUAUUGACCGUCUGCUAAGUCAUACACACACACACACACACACACUACGAUGGGCCACUAAGAGCAGCUCGGGGUCAUGCAGACUGUCUUAACUUGGAGUCCAUUAGUCGGAGAGUUUCAGAGCUUCAUCCCCGGGGUUUUUUAGAGGUGACUUUACAGGCCGAUGCAUUUACGCACAGAGAAUAAAGUGGGUUUAAAUAUUUCAUUUUCCUGAUCCCAGAUUGAAUGUAGUCAUCGAGGAAUGAUUUGUCUUCUGGAUUCGUUAGUACCAAAGCUGUUUCAGAAACCUUGUGACAAUAUGGAGGAUUAUGGGGAUGAAGGAGAAGCUGGAGGGUUGUACGUAUCUGAAAAGCAUUUUGACAGAAAUGGCAUUUAUGAUGUGUGUUGAGAGUGAAGAACACUCUUGAGCUUGUUGUUAAGUUGCAUUUCAAAGAUCAGCAGCAAGUUGCACCAGUUGAUUGUAGGUUUGAGUCCAAAUUCAACACUAAAUGCUAUGAAAAUGAUCUUGUAGUACACAUUUCAGAUCCUUUUUUGAAGUUUUUAUGCUACUUUAUACUUCUACUACACUACAUUUCAGAGGUAAAUAUUGUACUUUCUCUCCACUACAUAUCAAAAAACCUAUAGCUAAUUAUCUAAUCAAGAUGUUGCACCCAAAAUGUGUACGUUUAUACAAUAUGAUCCAUUUAAACAGAUUAAACUGCCAAAAAUACACUCAAAAUUGUUCAAAUGAACUCCACCUUGACUAAGCAACAUUAAAGUACAGUUUACAUAUCAAUGCGUUAAUAAUAAUGAUCCAAUAUUAUAAUAUUAGUCCCCACUGAGGACCACUGAUAGCAUGAAUUGUGCAUCAUAUGCAGCUGCCAUACAACCCUGAUUCACAAAACAUGUUCGUUUGUUCAUCCGUUGAAAAUAUCUUUAUUUUUUCAUUCCUUUUUUUCAUGUAUUUUUCCAGAAAUAACCUAUUUUUUUUUAACACAAAUGUCAUUGCAUCCUGUCACUGCAUCCCAUCAUAAAUGAGUUUGACACCACUUUAUAAAUGUGCUGCCAGCUCUUUGAUGACACUAAUACUUCCACUGUAACUGUUUGUGUGUCAGUGCUGAUGUUUGUAAUUACACUGUUUUGGCCCUGAGGCUCAUUUGCAUAUAAAGUAGCCAAUUACACAUCAAGUGUAUACAUUGAUUUAAAUUGUGCUGAGGCUUGGCAGUGCAUUUGCUAAUACUUCUGUACAUUAAUUGAAAUUUAAAAUGCAAGACCUUUAACUGUAGUAUUUCUACACUGUGAUAUUACUACUUGUACUCGAGUAAAGGAUUUGAAUACUUCUUCCACCGAUGCUGUAUAAUUAUGCAACAAAUACUAUUACUGCUGCAACAUUUAUGCAUUCUCAUCUAAAACCUCUAAGUUCUGUCAGGUUUUCUCAUACAUGCAUCGUUUGUUCUUAACGAUACGCUAACUGUUUCCACUCGUCUCCAGUCUUUGUGCUAAGCUAAGUUGCUAAAAGUAGGUCCAUAUCUCAUAGAUGGGGAUAGAUGUCAUAUAGCUUUCAGCAAAUCAAAUAAAACAGAGCAUAUUUCCCCAAAAAAUGUCAAUCAAUCCCAUUGAAUUGUAAUUUUGUAUUUAACUUAGUUGUUAAAACCUGGUUUUACUAACAAUGUUUUGCUAUUUCUCUUCUAAGAUCAGACUUUACACUUACUGGUGCAACAUACCGCUCGAUCGUACAGCACAUGACGAACGUUGAUUGCUAAGAUUUGGUAAUAUAUGAAAAGAUGUGAUGGUAAAAUGAGGAUUUAUGAUGGUAGAAAUCCACCAGGAAGUAGAAAAUGUUCCUUAUUAAGCUUAAGAAAACAUUUAUUUCAUUUAAGCACUUUUCCAUGUUCCUUAGUCUCUGUCUGUUCUUACUGCUCUGCCUUUCUUUCUGCAAAAUGACAGGAAUGUGUUCUGUGAUGAAAACAAAAGGGUAUUAUAUUUCAUUUAUUUUUCCAACAUCUGUUCUCUUAAGUCGCCUUUUAGCUGCAUUGAUUGUGACAGGCUUUUGCUGUUUCUCCCCCUCGAGAUAUGCGCUUGUACAAAAAGCACACUGAGACUGUCGAAAAGUUAUUUGUGUGAAUGCUCCCUGGAUGGUUGUGUUUGGAAUUUGUAUUCCCACUGCAAAAUAAAGACAACGUGUCUUGA